GAGAGCUAGCUUUGUUGGCACUGGGCUCUUUUGAACCAUCCCCUGCUCACCACACCAUUUUUCCUUCGUUAUCUUUAUGGAGACGACCACAAUCUCUUCAAACGGAGAAAGCGAGGUAAAAGAUGAGAUUCAAGGUUUGGUUGCAAGCUUACCUAGUGAGAAAAACUGGGAUGGAUCUCCCCUUUAUUUCUAUAAUGGGGUCUGGUAUCCAUUUUUCGCCAUUAGAGGGGCUCUUUCCUUUCAACAACAUUUCAUUGCACACGACACAGAUAUAAUACUAGCGAGCAUGCCAAAAUCAGGCACAACCUGGUUAAAAGCUCUCACGUUCUCCGUGGUAAACCGCAACAUUUACAGUCCCAAAGAGAGUCCCUUACUCACUACCCCACCUCAUGAACUCGUUCGUUUCUUUGAGAUAGACCUUUACUCAAAAAACCAGCUCCCAGAUCUCAAACAACUUCCUUCCCCAAGGAUUUGCAGUUGUCACUCCCAUUAUGAAACCUUGCCACAGUCCAUUAGAGAUUCUGGUUGCAAGAUUGUUUACAUGUGCAGGAAUCCUUUGGAUCAAGUUGUAUCUUACUUUCAUUUUUCUCGCAAGUUCAAACGAGAGAAUGUCAAGCCUUUAUCAUCGAUUGAUGAAGGUUUCGACAACGUUUGUCUUGGUAUCCAGAGUUACGGACCCUUUUGGGAUACUGUGUUGGGGUAUUGGAAGGCAAGCUUAGAGAGACCAGACAAGGUGUUGUUUUUAAAAUAUGAAGACUUGAAGGAGGAUAUAAUCUCUAACUUGAAGAAAAUCGCUGAGUUCUUGGGAAUUCCUUUCACCGACAAAGAAGAAAAGGAAGGGGUUAUUGAAGAAAUAUCAAGGCUGUGCAGCUUCGACAAUCUCAGGAAUUUGGAAGUGAACAAAAAUAGUGUUCGUCCUUCUGGGCUUCCAAAUAGUUCCUUCUUCAGGAAAGGAGAGGUGGGUGAUUGGGAAAAUUAUAUGAGUCCUUCCAUGGCUGAGAAUUACCUGAAGAUCGUGGAAGAGAAGUUGGGUGGAUCUGGUUUAACCUUAAGGACAUCUCAAUAAAGUGCAAAUCUAUGGGAUGCGUUCUCCUUAAUUCCCUUGUGUUUUUGUGAGCGUGGAUAUCUAUUAUUGUUCAGUGAACCCUCCUUGUUGCUUUCUUAACUAAAAAUUAAGAUCUUGGAUCUCAAAACUUCAUGGCAUCUGACAUGGAUGCUAAUUAAACCUUCAUUGUUUUGUUUAA